AUGACGACUCACAUGAGAGAAACUUCAACAUUCCAAUCAAUGGGUGAUAAGGAAAUCUGCAUAUUGGUUGUAGAUGACGAUCCCAUUUGCGAAAACAUCAUUGGUAGAAUGCUUCAACAUUGUUGUCAUUACGAAGCGAUAACCCCUUAUGAAAAAGGAUCAUCAUCAUCAUCAUCGGCAUUGUUAUUACAGCAAGUAGAGACGGGUGUUGUUACAAAGCUCUGUUUUUUAAAAUCAAUGAGUAUGGAUGAGUUCAAACGUGUAUGGCAACACGCAUAUACAAACGAAAAGGAAAAAGGGAACAAUCUUAAUAAUACUAUUAACCCGGCGGCGGUGGCGGCGGCGGCGGUUGAGGAUAAUGGAUCUUUGUCUUCAAACCAGAAGAAACGGGGAAUUGAUCAAGAAAACAAUAACAAUGGAUCGGCGUGUUCUAGCCAUAAGAAACGUGCUGUUGUUGAAGAAAGUGAUCAAGAUAGUACUAAAGAAGAAUCGAAACAGAGGAUUGUUUGGAAUCAAUGGAUGCAUCUUAAGUUUGUUGAUGCCAUUCGUCAGUUAGGACCCGACAGGGCAAUUCCAAAGAAAAUAGUUGAAGUGAUGAAUAUUCCAGGAUUAACAAGAGAAAAUGUUGCAAGUCAUUUGCAGAAACAUCGUAUGAACAUAAAACGAGCUGAAGAGAAAUCGCGACAGAUGAGCCCAAUUACAGGAUUUCACCAAACAAAUCAUUAUAAUCAACAUCCUUAUCAAUUCAGUACUGAAUCAUCAUCCCUUUUCCAAUCCAGUCUUUGUCCACCAAAUUACAGUUAUACUCAACAACAACAACCCUUAUUUGGACUAUCAAACCAAUUCUUGAACAAUAAUAAUAACCAUGCAUCAUCAGGCUUCAUACAAGUUGAUCAUAAUCAAGCUGUAGCCAAUAAUUCCACAGCACUGAUAUCAUCUGAUAAGAACACUGUGAAUGAACCAUCAGGAAACUCAUACAUUGGAUUCAGGUUAACCGGUAAUGGAAUAUCAGUUGAGACUGGCCGACAAAUGAUCAAUUGUCCAGUUACAGAAAUGGUGAAUGAAUUGUCUGAUGAAGGGAGCAUUUUUCUACAAUACUCGGCUGAAUCAUCAAGUAUUGAUGAUCCUUUCUUUCCUAAUGUGAUACAACCUCAGCAGAUGAUGAAUCCAAUUCAAGGGAUUAACAAUGAUAUGGUUCUUGAACUUGAUAAUUCUGGUGUCGAGAUUGACUUGGAUGAUUUACUGAAGAAUGCUGAAGCAGCCGAUGAGAGGAGUGUAAGUCCUAAUGAGUUUAUGUUCAACGGUUGCAUUUUCGAUGAUAUUCUCUUCAAUAAUGUCGAUUAG